GAAAAAAAAAAAGUAGGAAACCACCGCAGUCAAAGCCUGGAGUCUCAUUCAGCACCUCUAGCUGCUGGACAGAGGCAGAGUUGAGCAAGAGAUCAGCUCAAAGAUCCAGUCCGGAGAGAGACCCUGCAGGCUAAAGAUUCACCUUCCUCAUCCCACUUCCCACCUUUUUCAUUUGUUGUUCUAUCAUAAUCUGUGCGCUGGGGUUUCACGAUCAGCGGGAGAGUCAAGAGCUGCUGACUGACACUGGUUGGCAAAGAGGAUCAGAGGAAAUCUGGAAGGAAGGAAGCACACACCGCAGAACUUCUUUCUUCUCCACUUUCAGAGGAUCCCAAAGUGGACGCCAUUGUGACAUUCUAUCUGCUUGACACACCAAGAGGAAAGCUGAACAUAAUUGUGUGCUCCGGGAGAAAACUAGAGAAGAGAAGCAAGCUUCCAUUCUUUGUUCUUGCUUUAUGAGAGCGGUCUCUGUAGACCCUGCUUCAGCACACUCCGCACUGUUUAGUUGCUGCAUGUAUCCACAGCUUUCAGGUGCAAGCAAGACCUAAAACACAAAGAGAGGAAUAAAGAAAGAAGAUAAACAGAGUGGAGCAACAUAAUUAGUGGUACUGACUUUGUGUCAGAGCAGGAAACCAUGGGAAGAGACGUUUGAAGGCAACGGUGCUCUGAGAAGCAUUGCAGCUAACCUUUAGCAUUUUUAUGUUUGUGGGAGUACAUGUCUGUACGUCUCUGUCAUUUUCAAAGGAACUGAAUUUGGAUUUGGAUGCGGAUUUAUCCUCUUAUUAUGUCUCUAGAAUUAGGCUUUGAGAGACUGUGGAAUGGUUGCCACAGAAAGGUUUUCUGCUUAUUUUUGCUUCUUGUUUGUUAUUGUUUGAUCACCUUGGCAGCUAAACCCAAAAUGCCAGGCCACACGCACCUCAACUCAAUACGUAUUGAUGGGGACAUAUCCCUGGGUGGACUUUUCCCAGUACAUGCAAGAGGGAAUGAUGGCAAAGCUUGUGGAGAGCUAAAAAAGGAGAAAGGGAUCCAUAGGCUGGAGGCCAUGUUGUUUGCCCUGGAUCGUAUCAAUAAUGACAAUGAGCUGCUGCCUAAUAUCACUCUGGGGGCCAGAAUUCUUGACACAUGCUCUCGGGACACCCAUGCUCUGGAACAGUCGCUGACAUUUGUCCAGGCAUUGAUUGAGAAAGACUCGACUGAUGUGAAGUGUCUCAGCGGAGGUCCACCCAUCAUCACCAAGCCAGAGAGAGUGGUCGGAGUGAUUGGUGCAUCGGCCAGCUCUGUGUCAAUCAUGGUAGCCAACAUUUUGCGACUCUUUAAGAUCCCUCAAGUGAGUUAUGCCUCUACAGCUCCAGAACUGAGUGAUAACACCCGCUACGACUUCUUCUCUCGUGUGGUGCCCCCAGACACUUACCAGGCUCAGGCUAUGGUUGACAUCGUCAAAGCUAUGCGAUGGAAUUACGUCUCAACUGUGGCUUCGGAGGGAAACUAUGGAGAAAGUGGUGUUGAUGCAUUUAUUCAAAAAUCUAGAGAGGAUGGUGGGUUGUGCAUAUCACAGUCAGUGAAAAUUCCCCGUGAACCAAGAAUAGGAGAGUUCGACAAGAUCAUUCACAGGCUGAGUGAGAACCCCAACGCUCGAGUGGUCAUUAUCUUUGCUAAUGAGGAUGACAUCAGGCGUCUCCUUCAAGCAGCCAAAAGAGCCAAUCAAACAGGUCACUUCAUAUGGGUAGGGUCUGACAGCUGGGGAUCCAAAAUUGCACCAAUCCUGAACCAAGAAGAAAUGGCAGAAGGGGCAGUCACAAUCCUACCAAAACGACAAUCAAUCAAAGGUUUUGAUCGGUACUUCAUCAGCCGAACAUUAGAGAACAACCGACGAAAUAUCUGGUUUGCAGAGUUUUGGGAGAACAAUUUCCAGUGCAAGCUUAGUCGGCAUGCUGUGAAGAAAGGAUCUGGCAUCAAAAAGUGUACAAACCAUGAGCGGAUUGGAAAAGAUUCAUCCUAUGAGCAAGAAGGGAAAGUACAAUUUGUAAUAGAUGCUGUGUAUGCCAUGGCUCAUGCUCUCCAUAACAUGCACAAAGACCUCUGCCCUGGGAAAGUUGGCCUCUGCUCCAAAAUGGAUACCAUCAAUGGCACACUGCUUCUCAAGUACAUUCGCAAUGUCAACUUUACAGGAAUUGCAGGUACCCCUGUGAUCUUCAACGUGAAUGGAGAUGCUCCUGGUCGCUAUGAAAUCUACCAAUACCAGAUUAGUAAUAACACAAUGGAAUACAAGAUCAUCGGGCACUGGACAGAUCAGCUCUACCUAAAUACUGAGGAGAUGCAGUGGCCUGGUGGAACCCAAGAAGUGCCGUCCUCUAUCUGCAGCCAGCCUUGCCGUCCUGGGCAGCGCAAAAAAACAGUGAAGGGGAUUCCAUGCUGCUGGCACUGUGAGAGUUGUGACGGCUACCAGUAUCAGGCAGAUACUUACACCUGCAAAAUGUGCCGCUUUGAUUUGCGGCCAAAUGACAACCACACCGGAUGUGUUCCCAUUCCGAUUGUCAAGCUGGAGUGGAGCUCUCCUUGGGCAGUCAUUCCUGUCCUGAUUGCAGUAUUUGGUAUCAUAGCUACUUUGCUAGUCGUUGCUACAUUUGUUCGCUACAACGAUACGCCCAUCGUUAAAGCAUCUGGUCGAGAACUGAGUUAUGUACUAUUGACAGGUAUCUUUUUGUGCUAUGCUACAACUUUUCUCAUGAUCUCAACACCGGAUGUGUUUGUAUGCUCCCUACGCAGGAUUUUUCUUGGGCUUGGCAUGAGUAUAAGCUAUGCAGCACUGUUAACCAAGACAAAUCGGAUAUACAGGAUUUUUGAGCAAGGCAAAAUGUCUGUCAGUGCUCCUCGAUUCAUCUCUCCAGCCUCUCAGUUAGUCAUCACUUUUAGUCUGAUAUCGGUGCAGCUACUUGGAGUGUGCAUCUGGUUUGGGGUUGAUCCAUCACAAGCUAUCAUCGACUAUGAGGACCAGCGUACAGCCAAUCCUGAAAUGGCCAGAGGGGUACUAAAAUGUGACAUAUCAGACCUGUCUCUGAUCUGUCUGCUUGGAUAUAGCAUGCUUCUGAUGGUCACCUGCACAGUUUAUGCAAUCAAAACUAGAGGAGUUCCUGAAACAUUCAAUGAGGCCAAGCCUAUUGGCUUCACCAUGUACACAACCUGCAUUGUUUGGCUAGCCUUCAUCCCCAUCUUUUUUGGAACUUCACAGUCAACAGAGAAGAUGUAUAUCCAGACAACAACACUGACUAUCUCUGUCAGCCUCAGUGCAUCAGUUUCCCUUGGAAUGCUCUAUAUGCCCAAGGUCUAUGUGGUUCUCUUUCAUCCAGAGCAGAAUGUGCCCAAGCGCAAGCGCAGCCUGAAGGCUGUGGUCACUGCAGCCACAAUGUCCAACAAGUUCAACCCCAAGGGAAGCCUGAGGCCAAAUGGAGAAGCCAAAUCUGAACUCUGUGAAAGUCUGGAAACACAAGACUGUGUUGAGGGAGGGGAUCCUUGUGAGGGACUUUAGACUCUCAGUGUUGGCCUCGAAGCAGACAUACAUAAGCUACAGCAACCAUGCCAUCUAAGACAGACACAAACUGAAUGAGGGAAGCAAAGGCCUGCCAUGGGAGGUAUCACCUUUUUUUAGGACGUCACUCAAUUUUGGAUCAAGAACGUUCAAGCUUCUGCAACUUGGAGAACUUAGAAGAAUCCUGGAAAUUAUUUACUUGGAUGCCAUAUUUUUCGAAGAUUUAAGGCUUGAAUGCUGAAUUGAUAGUUAACCAGUAUAUUACAGAAUUAAGAUGGGAGUUGUAAGAGAUCUUGAAUAUGUAGGAAAUGUCCUCCUACACUUUUUAAGACAAAAGGGAGAUUUGAGUGUUGACAUUUUUGAAACAGAGAGGAAAAGGUUUAGCAUGUUGUUUUCUCCCGAAGUGUAUAGCACACAUUUCUUUAUAAAGCUGAAUCAGAGUUUUAUUUCUGUUUUUCUUUUUUGUUUAUUUGUUUUAAUUUUUUCUUUCUUUUUUUUUUUUUUUUUACCAAACUCUGUUGAAUCAUGAAUAUUGAAUCAUAAAAAACAUGGUAUUUUUGGUUACAGAAAUCUGUGCAGUUGAAAGUUGCAGUUCCCUUCAUGCCUUACAACAAAAAACUCAGUAAUUCUCCAUGAACUAAACACAUGUGAAAAGCAUAAUAAUGAAGCAGCGGAUGAGCCCAGUUUGGUUAACUUUUCAUGACAACAAUGACUUCACGAUGAUCAUCUCGGGAAUCCUUCUGUACAGUCCCAAAGCAUGCCAAUUGGAACAUCCCGUGUGCCGUGCUGUGUUGUCAAUGUCUUUGGAAUGCAACAUUUUCACAUCUGUUAUUCACAGUGAAGAUGCCAUUUUGAUCUGUUACCUGUUAGGUAACCUUCUGCCGGACAAAAGAACAAUCCCAUACAAAGGGUUGCCAAACUGAAAUGCAAUUACAUAUUUUAAUAUCACCAUCCAUACAUUUUGGCAGACUUCCACAUUUUCAUCAUAAAUCAGUUGGUCCUUAUUUAUCUUGCACAGACAGAAACUCUUGACAGAACCAGGUUUUUGAGGUGGAAUCUAUUUCUGUACCUGUUUUUUCCUCAGUUAAGGAUUUCUUGACUGUUUUAAGAAAUAGUCACAACCCUUAUCUCCGUGGAACAGAAAUAGUUUAAUUUAGACAUCAGACAGUUCUCUGUACCUACAUGAUGGGUAAAUCAAAAUGGUUGGUUUGUUAUCAUUAUAAACCCUAAUAUCAGUGCUUUGCACAUGUUUUGAAACAUAAACCUAAUGAUGGGUUGUAGUUGUGAAAAAUAAUGAAUAGACCAGCAUUAAAUAAUUUUGGUUUUGUUUUGGAAUAUUUUGCUGUCAUUCUUCUUUAUAAUGGCCAUUAGGGCUAAACAAUCAGUGACAUCUCAGCAAUAUCUGGAGGCAAAUGGGGUUUACAUAAGUUGACAACUCAGUAGUAAUGUCAGUUUAGAGAUAUUUAGAUCUUUCAUGCUCAAAAAUAACAAAAAAAAAAUCAAACAAGAAAAACACUUUUUCAUAUGCAUAAUCACUUUAGACUUUCAAAGGUUUCCAUAGUCCUUGAACAUCUCUACAUUUUUUUUGCGUUUUCACACUGAAUUUACAAAUCAAUGUAUUAUUAAAAAAUAUUGUUUAUAUGUAGUUAAGAGAUCCUUUUAAAGCAACAAAAGAUGGUGCAAAUGAAAAAAAAAAACAGAAUAAACUAUAAAUCAAGCAUAUGUGAAUAUAAUUGUAUUAGUUUAAGUCUUUUCCA